CGUGAUCUAACCUCCAGUUUCCGGGGUGCUCGAAUUGACAGGCUUUCACCACAGCAAAACCCAUCAUGGCCUCAGCACCGCAAUUAAUCGGUCUCGCCAAGUCGUUGCCCGCUCCUCUGCAGCGGUUCUUCGCCCGAUACCCCCCAGCCGCCAUCCUCCCCGAAAACGCCCCCAAGACUCGAUACCAGGAGGACAGACCGAACCCUUUCCGCUUCUACAAGCACCCCGUGACAGGAAAAUGGCAGGACCCCGUAUACUCAAAUAGACGCCAGGCUGAGCUGGUCAAGAUGGCUCGUGACAACGGUGUUGAGGAUCUGCUGCCCGACACACGCAAGGCUACCGAGUACCAGUUGGCUCAUCGGGUUGAGCAUGGUUUGAGAGUCAAGGGUACUGGUGUGGGACAGAAGGUCAAGGGUCACAUUCACGAACGACACAUGAUUGCAAAGAUGGAGAAGAGGAGAAAGGCAAUGCUGGAUAUGCCCAGUCUCAUCAAGCGCUGGAAGAGGGUGGGCAAAUACGGAUGGACCAAGUUCCCCAAAUAAACAAGAAGACUACAGAUGGAAUGACUGCUUUCUUGCGCCCUGUACAUUUACCCGUGUAUUUUUAUGUACAAGAAAAUCUACAACGAUCUUGUCAAAGACUUGCUACGCA